CAUUAACUGUGCAGCACAGUACAGUAUUUUCAACAAUAAAGCAAAACGUAGCUCGACUUUUAUUGUGGCCUACAGGAAAAAAAAAAAACAACAACCGGAAUUUCCCGUGCUGUAUCUGGGGCAACUCGACAAUAGCUUGAAAGCUCCAAAUGCCUAUUUAUUUAAGUUAAACAGUGCCAAUAAUGUACAUAGUUAGUUGAACGCGUUAUUGUUAUGAUACUGGGAGUGGAAAAGAUGCGAGGAAAAAGAAUAAUUGUUUGGCACUCUCUGUAAAACCUUUUUUUGCGGGGGACUACUUUUUGUAACCUGGGGAAAGACAUUUUAACGCUCAGAGAUGGGCUCCGAGAGCCCCAAGCACUUUGGACCAUCUGCGAUCACGAUGACCAAAGAGGAGGAGCAGCAGGAGCAGCAGCAAGAUAUCGGUUGCCUGAUCAACUCUGACGGAGAAGAAGUGGAUUUGUCAGAUCUCCGAGAGAGCGUCAGCCCGGGCAGCGGAGCCACAGAAACCCCCUCCGCAGCGUUUGCUCAGAGCGAGAAUGAAAAGCCGGCCUCGUUGCACACCUGCUCCGUGUGCGGGAAAGACUUCCCUUACGCCUCCAAACUCCAGCGCCACCUGCGCACGCACUCAGGAGAGAGGCCUUUCCCAUGCUCCAUGUGCGACAAGAGAUUCCCUGAGAAAGGGCUGCUCAUGAUCCACGAGAGGGUCCACACAGGGGAAAAGCCUUUCCCGUGCACUUUCUGCGAGAAACGGUUCGCCAGUCAGGGCGAGCUCCGACUCCACCGGAGGACGCACACGGGCGAACGGCCGUACCACUGCUCCAUCUGUCUGAAGAGCUUCUCUCGCCACUGGCACCUGAAGACGCACCUGGACGCCAUGCACUCCGAGGUGGUCGCCGGCUUCACGAGAAAGAAGUUUCCGUGCUCGGACUGCGAAAAGAGCUGCAAUUCUGCCGCCGAGCUGCGGGACCACCAGAGGACUCACACGGGCGAACGGCCUUAUCAAUGCUCCUUCUGCGACAAGCGGUUCGCCCUGUCGGGCACGCUGGUGCGGCACGAGCGCCUCCACACCGGGAUCACGCCCUACCACUGCUCGGACUGCGGCAAGACCUUCGCGCAGCAGUGGACGCUGACGACGCACAUGCGCACGCACACUGGCGAGAAGCCGUACAGCUGCACGCAUUGCGACAAGUCCUUCGUUGCGCCCGGGGAGCUCCGCAGGCACACCCGGAUCCACACGGGGGAGAAGCCGUAUACGUGCGCUGACUGCGGCAGGCCUUUCUCGUUGGCGGGGACCCUGAGGAAUCACAGAAAGUCGUGCGCGCAGAGCAAGAAUGGAGCCACCACGGUUGAAACUGCAGCGGGAGAGUCAUCCCAGAGAGAGCCAGAGGCCAAUGACAUCAGCACUGAGGUGUCUGACAGUAAAGCUGCACCAAGUAUUCAGACCUCCUGCACCUCCUCCUCUUCUUCAUCCUCCUCCUCCUCCUCCUCCUCCUCCUCCUCAGAGGAUAUCAACUGUGACCAAGCAGCUGAGGCUGAAAAUAACUCAAAUGAGAAGGAAGUUUCCAGUCUGCACAUGAGCAUAGUCGUGAAAGAGGAGGAAGAGGAGGAGCCUUUGUGCGAUGAAGCGUUGGCUAUAGAAUGUCCUGCAGAGGACAACAAUUUAUCUCCAGUGAAGGAAGAACAAAAUGAUAUUAUCAAGACACCACCAAGGGAUGGCGAUGAUGCGUCAGGCUGUGACAAAAUUAUCUCUCCAACCUCCCCGGUGAAGGAUCAUCGUAGCAACAACAGGAUCACGAGCUCGUACUGCUGCGGCUUGUGCGGGAGAGACUGCCACAAAAUGUCGGCGCUGCAAAUCCACAUGCGGAUCCACUCGGGUGAGAAACCCUACCAGUGCGCCCUGUGCGGGAAGCAGUUCACCCAGAAGGGUCAGCUGAAGGGCCACCAGAAGGUCCACACGGGGGAGAAGCCCUUCUCGUGCCCCGAGUGCGGCAAGUGCUUCGCCCACUCGGGCGCCAUGAACCGACACCGGCUCACGCACACGGGGGAGAAGCCAUACCACUGCUCCCUGUGCGAGCGCAGCUUCAACCAGUCGGGACGCUUGCGGGAGCACGAGAAAACCCACUUCGGGGACAAGCUGAACUGCCCCGAGUGCGACAAAACGUUCACGCGGUCCUCCAGCCUCAAGAACCACUUGAGGCUCCACACGGGCGAGAGGCCGUACAGCUGCAACGUGUGCGGCCGGGGCUUCAGCCGCUCGCAGAGCCUCCGGCUUCACAAGCGCAAACACGAGUUGCUGACAGUGGAGGAGGAGUCUGGCUUCAGUGUGGGAGACGAGGACUUAUCCGACAGUAACUCCCGGAUUGAUAUGUGUAUAACUGUCAAAAAUGAAGAGGAUCUAUUUAUAUAAACCACACCUCGACACAAGAGGAGUCAUUUUAGACAGGCAGGGGUGUCCAACUCGUUUUUGUCGAGGGUCAUGUCGUAGAUAGGGUUUCCCUCAGAGGGCUGUUAUGACUGAAAAGCAAUUAAAAUGCACAGUAAAUGGGGAAUAUGUUCCAGACUAUUUACAUGUAAAGGUAUUUUCGCUUUAGCGGUGCAAAUAAAGGGAGGUUCAUGCCCUAAUUUUGAACAGUGAUGACGUAACAUUCAGGUUACAGGUACUUUUUCUUAUCAGUGUCAACUAUUCAAUUUACAGUAAGCAAAGUUUGUAAUAUUUAAUUAAUCAACUGUUGACAACUUGGCAUAAAAACCUGACCUGAACAAGAGAAACGGAUGUCAUUUUCGGAUUCAGUGACGCAAAAUUGUCCUAAAUCAGUUAAAAAAAAAACAGACAACUUAUUAUUAUUUUUUUUUUUGUAACCCUGUGUUACAGUUGGAAACAUCCAUCCAUCCAUUGUCCGUACACAUCUAACACAAACAAUAUAUGUACAGAAUUGUCUUGGCUUUCAAUUUCUUAUAUGUUCAUAUAUGUUUACCAGCUUUUUAAACUAUAUUAUAAUAAUUUUAAAUGUGCUGAAAGUUUGUGGGAUUGGUAAAAUUAUUUUUAGAAAAUGUAUUUUAUAUGGUCGCUAUCGCAGAUUUUCACCAAUUGCAGAUUGGUCUGGAAUGUAUCCCCCUCCCCUGAGACAAACCGGAUUUGUUAAGAGUAAAGAAAAAUUGCAAUUUUGGUACAGGUAAUCUGGCAAGAUGAAAAGGACCCCAUUCGCGAGAAACGCGAAGCAGAUACUAUAUUUGCUUUAGUGUGCUACUUAAAACGAUGGGGUGGGCCGGACCUGGACCCCAGGCCUUGAGUUUGACACCGGUGGAAGGACUACCUCUGUGUGUACUUUUUCAAGUAGUGUUAAUGUGGUAGUUGUAAUUGUUUAAGCCAAAAUAUUUAACUCCCAUCUUAGAUAACACCCAUGCUAGUGAUGCUAUUUAACAAGCAUCUGUUUUAAUGGCUACUCGUAGAGCUCAUUUGCGUAUGUGCGUGUCAGUUUUAUCCUGGCGUCCAAAUAUGACACUCACCUUCUUAGAAUUUCUAUUUAUGGUAUUAUAACGCUUUUUAAGGUGCGUAAUUUUAACUUACUUCCAUGCAGUAUUUGCUACUUGCUUUGUCUACUGCAGUACUUAGGUUAUAGGACAGUAGCAAGUGGAACUACAGUACAUCAAAUAGGAGCAAAAUAAGGAAAGUAAAAAUAGGCCAUUGUGAAAAAGCAACAUGUUCAUAUUUAUCUUGUGUAUGCCAAAAAACAUUUUGCCUUUAUGUCCAUUUUUUAAAAUUAUUAUUUUAAUUAUAAUUACAGUAUUCUAAUCACAUGUGGUUUACCCGGUUUGCCCUGCUGAAUUACACUCUUAAUUAUGCUCUGGAAAAUGAACAGUGAGAAUUUUGACCUGGUGCUUCAUCUGUCUCAUUGUAUUGGGAAGACCACACUGAACCAUAGAAAUAAAAGAAUGGAUUCACAUUGUGUUCCAGGGUUUUACGCCUAUAACGUUCAUACAUUUUCUAUCGCACUUGUCCUCAUUAGGGUCGCGGUUGUGCCUUUCCCAGUUGACUUUGGCAAUCGCGGCACAUAAACACAAAAAGGUGUUGUAAACACACAAAUAUUCUAAAAAAUAAUCAUGUAAAACCUUUGGGGGAAAACUAAAAAUAGUAGAUGAAUUAUACACAGGUAUUGGGAAAAAAAUAGCAUGUAUAGUAACUGAAUUGUAGCAAAACUAUAUUCCAAAAAAAUGCACAAAUACUAGAAAAAAGCAAAAAUGUUAGAUGAAAACAACGUUUCAAGUGUCAAUAUUGUAAACAGUGAUUUAUAAAAAGUCUACACACCCCUGUUAAUAUGCCAGGUUUUUGUAAUAAUAAAAAAAUGAGACCAUGGGAAAUCAUUUCAAAACUUUUCCGACCACUAAUCUGGUAAAAAUAAACAGAUGAUGUGGUUGCACAACUGUGCACAGCCUUGUAACUGCAAUGUGGCUGGAUGACAAAGAGUGGCCUUGGAGAUUUUUACAGUCAAGACAACCUUAAGAUUCACUUAUUGAGCAUGACCUUUGAUUAUUAUUAUUUUUUAAAUAGUUAUAUUACCUUAAUUUUAUAUUCCAUAGUCUUUUGUUUCCUAUGCCUUUUUGACCCUUGUAGUUGUAGUUUUAUAGUCUGAUAUGAAUACUUUAUCUUUUAAUUCAUAUUUUUUGGUCUUAAAGUGCUCAAGAAAUAAUGUUCAAUUCAAUUAUUAUUAUUAUUAUAUUUUUAGCUGCUUUUAUUUGGUUUGCCUGCCUUUGAGUGCUCAUACUAUUCAUGUUGUGGCAUUCAUUUAUUUAAUUACUAGUUACUGGCAAUUCCAAUUUGAGUCACCCAGUAUUAUAAAACAGCAAGUGCCUGACUGCAAUCAAAUAUACAACCCCAAUUCCAAUGAAGUUGGGACGUUGUGUUAAACAUAAAUAAAAACGGAAUACAAUGAUUUGCAAAUCAUGUUCAACCUAUUUAAUUGAAUACACUACAAUGACAAGAUAUUUAAUGUUCAAACUGAUAAACUUGAUUGUUUUUAGCAAAUAAUCAUUAGCUUAGAAUUUUAUGGCUGCAACACGUUCCAAAAAAGAUGGGACAGGGUCAUGUUUACCACUGUGUUACAUCACCUUUUCUUUUAACAACAUUCAUUAAAUGUUUGGGAACUGAGGACAUGAAAUGUUGAAGCUUUGUAGGUGGAAUUAUUUCCCAUUCUUGCUUGAUGUACAGCUUCAGCUGUUCAACAGUCUGGGGUCUCUGUUGUCGUAUUUUACGCUUCAUAAUGCGCCACACAUUUUCAAUGGGAGACAGGUCUGGACUGCAGGCAGGCCAGUCUAGUACCCGCACUCUUUUACUACAAAGCCACGCUGUUGUAACAGGUGCAGAAUGUGGUUUAGCAUUGUCUUGCAGAAAUAACUGUCAGUGAUAAUACUGUAUUUACUGACAUUGGUUUUCUGAAGUGUUCCUGAGCCCUUGUGGUGAUAUCCUUUACACAUCGAUGUCGGUUUUUGAUGCAGUGCCGCCUGAGGGAUUGAAGGUCACGGGCAUUCAAUGUUGGUUUUCGGCCUUGCCGCUUACAUGCAGUGAUUUCUCCAGAUUCUUUGAACCUUUUGAUGAUAUUAUGGACCGUGGUGAUGAAAUCCCUAAAUUCCUUGCAAUUGUACGUUGAGGAACAUUGUCCUUAAACUGUUCGACUAUUUUCUAAUGCACUUGUUCACAAAGAGGUGAACCUCGCCCCAUCGUUGCUUGUGAAUGACUUAAGUAAUUCAGGGAAGCUCCUUUUAUACCCAAUCAUGCCACCUACCUGUUCCCAAUUAGGCUGUUCACCUGUGGGAUGUUCCAAACAGGUGUUUGAUGAGCAUUCCUCAACUUUCUCAGUCUUUUUUUGCCACAUGUCCCAGCUUUUUGGAACGUGUUGCAGCCAUAAAAUUCUAAAUUAACGAUUAUUUGGUAAAAACCAUAAAGUUGAUCAGUUUGAACAUUAAAUAUCUUGUCUUCGUAGUGUAUUCAAUUAAAUAUAGGUUGAACAUGAUUCGCAAAUCAUUGUAUUCUGUUUUUAUUUAUGUUUAUUUUAACACAACGUGCCAACGUCAUUGGAAUUGGGGUUGUACUUUGAGUUUAAAAUAAAUGAAUUACUCUGA